UAUUUACUAACAUAAAAAAAUUAAAAUAUAGAGACUUUUUGUCUAAACACUGUGCGACAGUAUAUUAGGGAAUCUUUUGCAGUGUUGCACCGAAAUCGAUAACAACAACAUUUGUGAUUAUCGUAGGUCGGUGUAGACGGAUAGAAUCUAAGAAAUAAGCAUUAAAUUAAAUUAUUAAAUGAUUAAGACUAAAAAAUAUGGAUAAACAACUGCCAAACAGAAAACCAACGAAUAAAGAUGGAAAACAGGAUGUUACCCAAAUGGAACUCAACAUUUGCAAUACAAACUCAAACUCGCUAGUUGUAAUAAACGAUCUUGAGCUGCUGACUUUGAUCCACUUGCAUCCAUUUCUAGUCUGUCCAGCUGUGCGCGGUUUCGGCGAAAAAGAUUAUGAGGAAUGGGGCUGGCGACAGAUAGCCAAGAGAUUCAAUGAAAGCUACGAGGGACUUCAGCUCAACACACCGUUUACCGUUGAGGAGCUGCAAUGGCGUUGGGAGAUGCUACGACCAGUGUGCCCCUUGCUUGGCAAAGCUUGCGGUAAAAUCCCCGAGAAACUUUGGUUCACGGUAAGCAAAAUCAACAAAUUGCUUGCCACGAAGCCACGAGUGAUUGUCAAGCCCAUGACUAACGCCCAGCAGUUUAUGCUCAAUCAACUGCCAGUGAUGGAACGCUUAACGCCUGCACAGCGACAGAGUCUAGAAGCUGAGGUGCUCGACGCCAUCUUCACACAGGAGAGAAAUUUUUACUUGGAACCGCUAAACAAAAGAGCCCAAACCAUUGUGCAGAGUCAGUAUGAGGAUUUUCUUAAGACCAUCGGCAUAAAGGAGCUAGCGACGAGCACAUCCACAUCCUCUAAGGCCAACACCAAUACCACUCCAGCUGCCGUCACUAUCAAGACUUAUCCUGCUAACAAAAGAAAAGCUGCAAAUGAUGCUAAUCCUUCGAGCUCAAAACAUAUUCGGCUCAUCGAUAAUAAUUUUGUUACUAUCGCAGGACAGGAGGCUCUGAGUAAGCAACCAGAUCAGACUUCUAUUACAUUACCGGAUAUCAAAAAGGAAGAUUAUUCAUUUGAAGCAGAGGAGCCACUUAUCAUAGAGGCCGGAACUAGUUCAUCCGAUGAACAGAAAUUGCGUUAUGUGCCCCUGGAAAGCGUCAAAUAUUACACGAAAAAGGUUCGCGUGCGAAUAAAACGUUUGAAUCUGAAGAAUCACCAAACCCUGACAAGAAUCAAUGAGUUGCACUAAGAAAGCAACCAAAUUUAGUUUAAUAUCAAAUGCACAAUAUGUUUAUUUAAAAAAGAUAUUACUAUAAAUUACAACUUAGA